AUGACCACUCCCGCCCCCGACUUCGACCAACAACUUACGGGUUCUCCUCCUCCUCCUCCCACGCCCGCCGCCUCGCCCGGACCUUCGCAUCAGCAGCCCGACUGGAGCGAUGCUGCCGAUGAUGAAGACUUCUUCCUUGCCAAGGUCCGCCAGCAUUUCCAGAACUGCUCCGGACCGCAGCGGACGCGUCUUCUGGCCGACCUAUUGAAUCUCUGUACCAGCCAGCAGCUGAGUUUUGUGCAUCAGUUCGUCAGUCCCCUUCUAAAGAAGGACCCCUUUACGAGUCUUCCAGACGAGCUCUGUCUUCGGAUACUUUCCUUCAUAGACGACCCCAAAGUCCUUGCGAGAGCAUCGCAGGUCUCGCGUCGAUGGCGAGAUUUGUUAAGUGACGACAUGACAUGGAAGAACCUCUGCGUAAAGCAUGAUUACGGUCGUAGGCUCUCCGAUGUAUACCACCCCACCAUCUCCGCCCCAUCCCCCACCCGCGUUACCAUCAAUUCUCUCCUCCUCGCCGACGCCGAUCGAUCAGCCAGCUGCUUCUCGAAUUCGCUCAGCGCAUCUUCCGCCACAGUCUCUGCCUCGCAUAGCAUGGAUGCCUCUCACAGCAUGGACGGUUCUCAGCUCUCCGCGAGGCCUAAACCCCGGUCCUACAAAUCCCAUUUCAAGCAAAGAUAUCUGGUGGAAGCUGCUUGGAGGUCCGGCGGAACGAGCGUCACCUGCAAUAUCACACAGGAAGGCGGCGUCGUAACAAGUCUGCACUUGUCUCCCAAGUAUAUCAUCGUGGCUCUUGAUAAUGCGCGGAUCCACGUAUUUGAUACCGAUGGGAAUUCUCAGCGGGUCCUCCAAGGCCAUGUCAUGGGAGUUUGGGCAAUGGUUCCGUGGGAGGAUACUUUGGUGAGCGGCGGCUGCGAUCGUGAUGUGAGGGUUUGGGACUUGGUUACGGGUGCUUGCCUCUUUACACUUCGCGGCCACACGUCCACAGUCAGGUGUCUCAAGAUGUCGGAUGCGAAUACGGCGAUCUCGGGUUCUCGCGAUACGACGCUACGAGUAUGGGAUAUCAGGACUGGACUGUGUCGAAAUGUUCUGGUCGGCCAUCAAGCUAGCGUUCGAUGUUUGGAGAUCAAGGGAGAUAUCGUCGUCUCUGGAAGCUACGAUACCACCGCCAAGGUUUGGAGUAUAUCUGAGGGCCGGUGCCUACAGACUCUUCAAGGCCACUUCAGCCAAAUUUACGCCAUCGCAUUCGACGGCCGCCGUGUUGUCACGGGAAGUCUUGACACGCAGGUCCGAAUCUGGGAUCCUAAUACGGCUGAAUGUAUUGCAAUCCUCCAAGGACAUACCUCUCUUGUCGGCCAGCUUCAAAUGCGGGGUGAUACCCUCGUAACCGGAGGCUCAGAUGGAUCCGUCCGCGUCUGGUCGCUGGAGCGGAUGACCCCGAUCCAUCGGCUCGCAGCCCACGAUAACAGUGUGACUAGCUUGCAGUUCGACGAUACACGAGUAGUUAGCGGUGGCAGUGAUGGGCGAGUGAAGAUCUGGGAUCUCAAGACGGGCCACUUGGUCCGAGAACUUAUUUCUCAAAGCGAUGCAGUGUGGAGGGUCGCCUUUGAGGAUGAGAAGUGUGUCGCACUCGCCCUAAGGCAGAAUCGCACUGUUAUGGAGGUUUGGAGCUUCUCUCCGCCAGAAGAAAUGCUCUAUGACCGGCCGCUAUCACUGCUCCCUCGCCCUCUCGAGGAUGCACCCAAUCGCCCGAUGAGUGCUUUACCGUUUGAUUUUCGAAGAUCCCAGGAUGGCCUAGCUGGUUCCAGUAGAGAUUCCCAGGACGUCGACAUGUGUGACGCGGGACCCUCUACAGCGCCACUCCAAGGCGGAAACAAGACUUUCUUCCACGACGACUAA